AUGGCGAGCGGCAGGGCGGUGAGGGAGGUGCGUUCGCCGGCGGAGCUGGAGGCGGCGGUGGCCGGGGCGCGGGCGGCGGCCGUGCACUUCUGGGCGUCCUGGUGCGAGGCCUCCAAGCAGAUGGACGAGGUCUUCGCGCACCUUGCCGUCGAUUUCCCCCACGCGGCCUUCCUCCGGGUUGAAGCUGAAGAACAACCUGAAAUAUCAGAGGCACAUGGAGUUUCAGCGGUGCCAUAUUUUGUUUUCUACAAGGAAGGUAAAACUGUCGAUACUUUGGAGGGAGCAAACCCAGCCAGCCUAGCCAAUAAGGUUGCAAAAGUAGCUGGGCCUGCUAGUGUUGCUGAGUCUGCUGUACCUGCUAGCCUCGGAGUUGCUGCUGGGCCUGCUGUACUUGAAAAGAUCCAAAAGAUAGCACAACAAAAUGGUUCUUCUGCUGCUGAAAGCACAAACUCUGGUAGCACGGAAGAUGCAUUGAAUAAGCAAUUGGAGCAGCUUGUCAAUUCCCAUCCUGUGUUUUUAUUUAUGAAGGGAACCCCAGAACAACCAAGGUGUGGUUUCAGCCGUAAAGUGGUUGACAUUUUGAAGCAGGAAGGAGUCAAAUUUGGGAGUUUUGACAUUCUUACAGAUAAUGAUGUUCGUGAAGGAAUGAAGAAGUUCUCCAACUGGCCUACUUUCCCUCAACUCUACUGCAAAGGGCAGCAAAAUGAAGAAGCAGGUGAACCUGGGUCUGCAACUGAGAAGGGUGGUGCAGUUGCUGAACCAAUCGGGCUUACUGAUGCUCAGAAAGCUCGUUUGGAAAGCCUUAUUAAUUCCAGCCCAGUGAUGGUAUUCAUCAAAGGUACACCUGAGGAACCAAAGUGUGGGUUCAGUGGGAAGUUGCUUCACAUACUUAAGCAAGAGAACAUUCCUUUCUCCAGUUUUGACAUUCUUUCAGAUGAUGAGGUUAGACAGGGACUGAAGGUGCUCUCAAACUGGCCCAGUUACCCUCAACUGUACAUAAAAGGUGAACUCGUUGGCGGCUCAGACAUAGUGAUGGAGAUGCAUAAGAGUGGUGAGCUGAAGAAGGUCCUGUCUGAGAAAGGGGUUAUUCCAAAAAAAAGUCUGGAGGACAGAUUGAAGUCCCUGAUUUCCUCUGCCCCGGUGAUGCUUUUCAUGAAGGGCACCCCAGAUGCUCCUCGUUGCGGCUUCAGUUCGAAGGUUGUGAACGCCUUGAAGAAGGAAGGGGUCAGCUUUGGGUCCUUUGACAUCUUAUCUGACGAGGAAGUUAGACAAGGUUUGAAGACAUACUCCAACUGGCCUACCUUUCCCCAACUCUACUACAAAUCAGAGCUGAUUGGGGGUUGUGAUAUCAUUCUUGAGAUGGAGAAGAGCGGAGAGCUGAAGUCGACCCUGUCAGAGUAG